AUUUUCAGUACAGACAGGGUUUCGUCAUGUUGCCCAGGCUGGUCUCGAACUCCUGGGCUCAAGUGAUCUGCCAGCCUCGGCCUCCCAGAGUGCUGGGAUUACAGGCGUGGGCCACCGUGCCCAGCCUAACAAUUCUGUUUUUUAACAAUUCACUUUCAUUAAGUUUUUGCAAAGUUUUCAGCUUAUUUUUCAUAGUAAAAAUAAAACUAUUUACUUUUGCAAUUGUAUUUUAUCCCUUUAUGUAAUAUUUAAUCAACUUACAUAAUUAUGCUGAUAUAUGCAAUUGGGAACACGUACAGUGGUACGGUUGACCAGCGGUCAGCACGGUGGCAACAGAAGCAGGCAGGCAAAUGGGAGGGUGGUCCGCAAGCGUCUGCAGUGUGCCGGGCCCCAGUUACUGUGUCUCACGGAGGCAGUGGGCCUUUGGUUCUGUGAAGCAGUGAACAUUGAGCCCAGGCUAGUAAGAGUCACGACUUGGUUUUUCAUGUAAUGAAAACAAAAAGAAAACUCCGCCUUCCCUUUCUUUCUUGCUUCUAUAUCAACCUCAGGUGUCACCUAGAUUUCAUUUGCUCAGUAGCCUCCCUUGUAGUAUUAACUGUGCACACGGGUGGUCUACAUUAGUGUGCGUUUUUCAUUAGAUUAUUGUCAGUCAUUUAAAAUUUUUCAUUAAAAUGCACAGUUGUUGUUAUUUAAAUGCAUUUGUAUUUUUUAGGACAAGUGUGGUCUUGGGGAGAUGAUGACUGUGGGAAAUCGGGCAGAGGUGCUAGUGAUGGCUGCAAAACCCCAAAGCUGAUUGAAAAGCUGCAAGACUUGGAUGUGGUCAGAGUCCGCUGUGGAAGUCAGUUUUCCAUCGCUUUGACGAAAGAUGACCAAGUUUAUUCAUGGGGAAAAGGUGACAACCAGAGACGUGGACACGGACCAGAGGGACAUGUUCGUUAUCCAAAACUCUUAGAAGGCUUGCGAGGGAAGAAGGUGAUUGAUGCGGCUGCCGGCUCCACCCACUGCCUGGCUCUGACUGAGGACAGCGAGGUCCACAGCUCAGGGAGCAACGACCAGUGCCAGCACUUUGACACCUUGCGUGUGACCAAGCCAGAACCUGCAGCAUUGCCGGGACUGGACACCAAACACACAGUGGGAAUUGCCUGUGGGCCUGCCCAGGAUAUUGAAGCCCAAAAAGAAGCACAGAAGGGAAAAGAAGUUGAUGAACAGGAAGCGAAUGCCUCAACAUUUCAUACAAGCAGGACGCCAUUGGAUAAAGACCUUGUUAAUACGGGAAUCUGUGAGUCUUCUGGCAAACGGUGUUUACCUCUGGUUCAGCUCAUACAACAGCUUCUUAGUCCAUGUGAAAUACUGGUGAGCAUUGUUCUGGAAGGCCGGACUAGGAGGAGGUGUGAAGAAGUCAGACUCAGCCAGUGGACAGAGGCUAACCUUGGCAGAAGCGAAAACGGUCAGGCAGUGUUGUCUGAACAUGAUCGUUCAAGAAGAGCGGAAGAGCAAGAGAAAGCAGAGCCUUGGCAGGUUGGAUCAGGCAGCUGAGCACAGAGCAGGGAGCCCUUGGCAGUGACCCCAGCUCUCAGCUGGCCUGUUCAUGGGGCCAUGGUAGGUCUACAGCGUGGGGUGUGCCUGCAGCGUGGGGUGGGCCUGCCGUCCACAGCCAGAAAAAUGAACUUAGUGGACACAAGUGCUGGGAUUACAAGCAUGAGCCACUGCACCCGGCCAUUAUUACACUUAAUUUGAUGUGGUUUUUUGUUUGGUUUGUUU